GUGGCGCCCACUUCCUCAGCGGUGGCGUCAGCCAUUACGAUCCACGAGGAGCUGCUAGGUAGGAACCGCGAGCAACACUUCGGACAUGAAAGACCGCGCAACGAUUUCGGCGUUGGCCGGAGGCGAAGGAUACCGAUGCUGGCUAUGACUGCAGGGGCAGCCUACCCGUCGCACCCUUCAGCCAAUCACACUCUCCCUCUCCCCACCCACGUCUGAACCUACAGGACCGUGGAUCGCCAGCGCAGCCCGAGCCGGCAGGGCGGCACUCGGCCCAGCGGCGUCAUGCCGAGCGCCGCCGUCCACCGGGCCGAUUCGACCCGGUCGGACAACUCGGACGCCUCCGGACGCAGUGCCGAGUCCCGCGGUUCGGCCGGCAAGAAGGUCAGCUUCAGCCGAGCCGUCAGGGUCAAGAAGUUUCCGCGCCGACACGAAGGCAGCUCCAACUCCGUCGCGCACGCCGGAAACGGAGAUGUCGUCGAUUCUGCACAGGUGCCCCCUUCGCCAGAGAAGAAGUUCUGGUUCAAGGUGUACAAAAACCGGCACCACCACGACAAAACCGCCAGCGGCAGCCGCAUCGCCGAAGAAGAUCCCGUACCGCUGGAGACCACGGUGUCGGACUCCUCCGGGCACCAUCACCACCACCACGCGCGAGGUCCGUCGUCCGUCGCCCGAAGCGCGUCCUCGGCAUCGGCGUCUCGGUCGCCGCGACGAAGACCGGACUCGCCCGUGGUGAAGAGGAACCACGUCCGGCGGAUCGUGCAGAAGUUCGACCGUGAGGCGACGCUGCGGCACGACCCGCCGGCGAGUAGCUCCAGGGAGUCGUCCCCACCGCCGAUACCUCCUCCCCCGUCCGUGGUUCGCAGCUACUCGGUCGAGGAGUACACGAGGCCCGGGACGCCCAUCGAGCUCCAGAGGAGUCCAGCGCCCAAGCGCAGCAACCGGCUGGUCGACGGCGUCAAGGUCAUCUUGGCUCCCCUCACUCGGAAGAAGUCGUCGGCCUCGAAGAAGGAGGUCCGCAGCGCGGGCACCGGCACACUCGUCAGGGAGGAAGACUUUGAGGAAGUCAACAACAACGAGAACAAGGAGAACGAGCCGGUCGAAGAAGAGGAAGAGAUGCCCGUCAUGGUAGACAAGGCGACACAGGUCAAACCCUUCGACUUGGAAGAGUUCUUCGCGACCAGUGGCGACGUUUCACACCUCUACAGCCAGGUAGACAAGAGCAAGAAGACAACCACGUUCAAGACUCCCGAGAUACACGUGCACCACCCCGAAGUAGUGGUGGACUACCCGAUUACGUCCAACCCUCGCUACGUUGACGACCGCGACUACGAGUACUACGAUCGAAGCCGAGCCUCGUCUUCGUCACCGACGCUGAGACGAGGCGGCGACGUUUCCACGACCCCGGAGCCCGAGUACGGAAGCAUCCGGCGGGUGAAGUCGUCAAGCCGCAGCUUCGGCUUCAACCUGGGGCGCUGGGAGCACGACGACAAGCGUCGUGACUCGGACACCUCUAGCAUCAACAGCGAGCCUGGUAUACUGGGUCGCGACGCCGGAAGCAGGCCCGGCAGCGUGCUCAAGGCGUACGACUCCAAGAAGCGUGAGCUGAGCUACGAGAACGUGCCGGCCAGGGUCUCGGAGACCGAGAGGUCUAGGACGGGCUCUCCGACCACGUCGACGUCAGGGGUGUGGGUUCGAGACAUAGAGAAAGACUACCGUCGAGGGAUGGCCGACGCGGACGUGACAGUGCCCAGCAGCGGGUACGUGUUCACGUACACUGCGUCAAUGGGAGGAGACCGGUCAUCCAAGAAGAAGACGACCAAGUCGAGCUCUCGAGACGCGUCGCCCACCUUGCUUGACAACGGCAGCCUGUCCAGGACUCACCGGAGGUCUCCGUCGCGCGGGCCGCGCUCCGUCAGUUCUGAUCAGACUUCGGUGCGAGGUGGCCUGGCUGCUGCCUAUCAGGCAAGGCAGGCAAGAGCCGCCGCGUCUUCGUCCAACGGUCGGGUGUCUAAGUCGUCCUCGCCCCGUUCUCCGCGGAUCCAGGCGAGCCCCAGUCGGUCCUCAGCCGUCGCCUCCGGGUCCGUGCCCGGUUCGGCCCAGGGCUCGGUGGCCGGCUCGGUGAUCAGUGAGCCGGCCUACCAGCGGGACACGGUGGUGCUUUACAUUCCGGGUGUGAGUCACCACGCGACGCCGUCCGAGGCAUCGCUGCGCGUCUCCCGCAGCCAGUCCGUCUUGAACAAGGAGAGCAAGGCCUCCACUUCGCGCAGCGCCUCCAAGAGUAGCCACAAGUCCAAGUCGCCCCCGAGCCGCCAGCCGAAGAGGGCCGCCUCUGAAAGCGACAUACGCAGGACCAAGUCUAUACCGAAGGGUGCCAAGUUUCCAUGGCUCAGAAUCAAGCCGACCGUGACGGCGACGCCUGUGCACUAGCGACGAUGAGACUGUCAUGCUGCUGCUGAGGCUAUAGUUUUGCGUUUCGAAGUGCACUGAUGUGUCGGCGCCUUCUUAAAACGGCGAUGGCAGUUGACGAGGUCCAGUGAACUGUGGUAGACUAGGUGAAAACUGCGUGAGCAAAGAGAGUGCUGGAUUUUUUUUUACCAAAGUAACUGAUAACUCCGUAUUGAACUCCACUUUGCAGGGGGUGUUUUGCGUCACAUUGAAGCAAUUUUGCUGUGCUAACAUAGCGUACUGGAUAGAAAUGACUAUUCUAUUGAAGUUGACGUUUUAAAGUUAACUCUGUGUCUCUAUGGUGUUGUAAUCUACUCGAGAAUACGAGAACUACAACAAACAAAAAAAAGACGGAGUAAAUAGGGAACGAGCAUCAUACAUCCGUAAAAAUAGGAGUUGCCAGUAUUCCCUUUAUUUUUAAAGUAUAGCGACGCCCGUGUCAUCUGAGCCGGCUUCUAUCUCAUACUAUUUGGUCAGUCAGGACUGCAUUGGCAGGCAGCACAGUUUUGUGUGAAUGUCCUAUUGGCGCAAGGUAGGCUGACAACUAUAAUGGCCAGCUUCUGAGGAGGAUAAGGAUGUAGUUCUGUGUGCGCGUGCUCUGGUGUUAGUUUUCUGACCUUUUGUGCCGAAAGUUAACGCCCUAUUUUCUGCCCGCGUCCUUGUGUCUUUGUGGCAUUUUCUGGCGGAGGGACUUGGUACGGUAGAUGAUACGAUCCCGAGAGAGCACCCCAGAGGCAAGCCCGUCGAGUAGCUCAGCCGAGCUUACCCCUGUGCACGUACGUUCCAGUCGUCGUCUCCAGGGGCUCGAGCCACAGCACGGUUUGCUGCCUGAACGGCAGAGAACUAUGACCCAAACAGCCCCCAAUGUCACCGCGCUAGCACCUGCACACCUAGUUGUCAGCCUACCUUGCGACAAGCUCUAUCAAGUAGGUGUCGAUAUGCAGAUUGAUGAAAUAUUUAGGACGAAAUGGCAGUCAGCCAAACAGCUGCUCUACGAAACUCUGCAGAUGCAUCAACUUUUGACUCGGAUGUUGCGAUCCCUAACAUGUGGUCAGCCCACGGGGAUGCGCUUCCGAGUUACCGCAAUGCCAAAGAGACAACGCAAAAUAUGCCCGAUCACUUCAUUGAAGCUGGUGGAAGCAUUGAGUCACGUCAUAAAAGAGUCCUGCGAGUACUCAAGACACAUCGCGUACCCAGUGACGCCGGAAUUACUUCAGUGGUUAAUGUUCAUUUUUUUUUAAUUACUCGAUGUGAGCAGCUCUCUGGACCUUCGUCAACGCCAUCCCGUUUCUGGCUUGAUAACCCGCAGCAAUGUCAUCACAGCUGUGUCGGAGUAGAUGGGCCCCUAGGAUUCCUCGUUACAAGAACAUUGUCGAUUAAUUAUCUUUAGUGCGAUGGCUUAAUUUGGGGCCCGACCCACGUGAAGUCUUCGUGUGAAGAAGGGAAAAGAAAAUCGACUCUAAAUAUGUAAGUGAACAUCUAUGUGGGAUUAAAUGUAUCAAGUGGCAAGCCCAAGGGUAGGCCUUCAUGUAGCAAAGGCGCCUCUGAGACAAAAAAAAAAAAGAGAUACUAAUGUCAGUAGAGGCGAAUAGAUGUGUGAUAGUUGGGGGUAACUGUGAAAACCGGUAUACUUCGUUAACCGUCAGUAAUGACAAGCUAACUCCAGUAGACUAAUUGAUUAAAAUGUAUCCGUGUUGUUCGGCCGGACUACGCCACGCGCUCGACAUCCGGGGCAGCCUUACGUUUCACCCUAGCCGUGAUGACAUUGACAGCGCUGCAGAAACAAGAUGAACUUGAUAUUUUCGAAAUAUUUUUUCAGAUCAUCUUAGAAGUUUGUUUUUUUCCGCGUUACUCGGCUCAGGCCAGCUUUAGAAAAGUACGAGUUGUGGCAUCUCGGUGUUUUGUCGCGGCAUCUAACGAGUUGGUGUUUCGUCGAAGAUGUCCUCUAUAUACUUAAUGUGGGCGCGUUUACAGUUGUGGUGUAAUAGCAUAGCUUCGAGCAUGUAUAUUAACCGAUAAAGAGGUCUGUUAACCAAGUUUUUACUGUACUCAGGUGCAGUAAAGAACUCAAAUAGAUAGAGAGAGAGAGAGAGAAAAAGAAGUUUCCUUUGACUAUUUUCGUGGAUUCUACCUAGCCAUGUAUGACUCCCUUUAAACAGAUACGUAAAUGCUCUUUGGCGAUCAAUAUACUCUCUUAGGAAAUUCGAAAUUCGUGGGUCCCUAAAAAGAGUUCACAUGUCUAUAUAAAGGGAAUCGUGUUCGUGCAAGUGGCUUGUCACCAAAAGAGUCACACAUUCUCUUUUAUUCUUCUGAGAGAGAAGGAGAGAAAGGAAAAGCGCGAACUCAAUGUGUCCUUGUUGUUCAUAUAACCCUGUUACGCGAAACCCUCGCAAUUUGUUUUCUUUUUUUUUUCUUCUCGUUGGCUAAAGCUCAUAGCGUCAAAUGAAUGGCAGUAAAUAUUAAGUAAGAGAUAUAUCUACAUUUAGUACAACGUUAACGAAGUCAGUAAUACUUUCUCUUACUUUGAGGGCUCCUCAGUGCUGACGUGACUAGAUUUACAUAUAUUUUUUCCCCCUCUGAGCGAGCCGUUUCGCCAAUAUUCGCUUCGUCGAACUCUCUCUGUGUCGAAUGCUGAAGCAGCAAAGCAUUGCGUGCAGCGAAAUCAUGAUCCCCACGCGUGUUACCAGAUCCACAACAACUACACACCUCACGCCCAUUCCAUUUACUGAUCAUUGAGACCAAUGCCUUAACGCUUGACGUUAAAGCCGAAGAGCAUCUAUAAGCAUUGAGUCGAGUGUUCGAGAUCAUUCGCUUUCGGGCGGUGCUUCGGUUGCCGACUUGACUUCUUGCGUCGACUGAGGCGUGGACCAGGUAGCCUUCGUUUUAGAUCCACUACCGUCUCGAAUGUCGUAUUACAGACCUUUUCGUUUUCGUAAAAGAACUCACAUUUUUGUUUCGCACAUUUAGCGAUGACGUCACAAUGACUACCAGGAACGCCGUUGGGCUAAGAAGCUGGCAGCGGGUGCUAUUUUGGACAUUUUCGAAUUCCGCCAUUGGUAAACUUUGACUGGCCCAGAGAGCUACUACGGGCUUCCUGAUUGGCUUGAAAGGCCACCGUUGCCGUAUCUGACCAAACAGGGGAAAUCGACAGUGUCAAAAAUAGAAGCCCUGUCAUUCGAGUUGUGGUUGAUUUUUUUUUCCUUUUAACAUAUUGAAUUGAUGGCUUGCCGACACCUAUAACCGGCUGGAACGGCUAAAUUAGUGUCGGAUUUUUGCGUGAUUUCUUACGCUGAUUGCUUAGCGAGAAAGCCUCUUGAUUUCGCCGAAUCGUGUGCUGUGAACACUUGUGCUGUAAACUAUAAUGCGCAUUUUACCGAGGAUGACUGUGUACUACCUCCAGCGCUUAGCGUGUGAACGUGCUGUGUUUACUAAUUAACGAAGUGCGCCGCUUAUAGUCCCGUGUGUACAAUUGUCAAAAGCGCAUGUAUCGAUAUAUGAAUUGCGCCUCGCAUACCGCCAGCUUCACUUGUUGGCUCCAGUUUGUAACACGUUGUGAUCUUUUGUCUACAUGCAGAGGUUGAUUAUGGGUACAACUGUUCUUUGAGGGGCACUGCAGACGUGUCACGCGUCUGAUAUUUUCGAGAAAGAGUGUGAAGUGUGUAAUGCCGCUAGCGAAUCUCGUAGCAACGACUUCUGCAGCAGGUCAAUAAGCGUUCGUGACACUUGGCCUGAGGUCUUUAAGAAAGAGAGCAGCACGAAACACCAUCUUUAUGCUUGGAGAGAGAAGGCUUCGUCGCUGUGUCGAAUGGUUCAACACUGACUGAUGGUAAGCUGUGGUUCCCGCGGCUUCUUUCCUGGAAGCAAGGGCCGUCAAACGGCCUUUGCGCCACAGAACAUCACACAUCAUCAAUCAAUAGAGAGAGAGAGAGAUAAAGGAAAUACAGGGAGGUUUACCAUCAUCAAUCAAGACUUAAGAACCGCCAGUAAGAUAUGUCAGGCUUCGUAAAGCUUGGAAAAGGAGUACUGAAUUCCCGCGAUAGGCCAAAUUAUUCAAGUUCGUGAAAGUCCAUGUGUCUUAACCAUUCACCUGGAUCGCACGUGUGCAGUCGUCAGCAAGUUUGACACGAACUCUCCGACGCGUGACCUUGGCUAGUUUGACGGAUGCCAGCAGCGAAGCGCUGGGUGCUGUUGCCGAGAUUAUACUUUGAUAAACUUUGAUGAUAUUUCGGCAUGUAUGAGCAACAUCUCGGCAACAGACACCAAAGCUACGAGGCGCUAGCGUCAUCAGUGAAACUGUUUCAGAACAUGCUGCCGAGCGUUCGUUAAGCUUGCUGACGAUUGUGCACUAGCAGCUGCAGCCUUCUCGACUUCGGAAUCUAUUAGACGGCCUCAAAAAAGGAUGGUGAGCUGUCGACCGAUCGUCGAGUGCAGGGUUUUCUUUGAGCACGCACGCAGACGUGUAUACUACCCAAUAUGUGAGUUUGAUAGUUGUAGGUUUUUCACAAAAGCGGUCAUUACGAACGUAUAGUUGCAGACAAAAAAAAAAAACAGCUGAACAUACAGUCUGCGGUUAGCGUGGGCGAGAGAAAAAAAGCACUCGACAUUCAGAAUCUCGUACGCAUGACAGAAUACUAGCUGAGGCGUUUAUAAGGUAAAGAGUCGGGCACACUGACACCUUAUAAGCUGCAGCAUGUCAAUGUCGGCGCUAUCGACGAGGCACAUCCAAAGGCAGCCCACGCUGGGAAUGUUCGCACCGAACACAUUAUCUCCGACGAGAGUAGUAUCUUUCUCAAAACCUCUUCUGGCUAUUAGCAUUACCAAAUGUGUAAAGGGCAAGCGUGUUGUUCGUGCUAGACGAAGAAUUUGCAAAGUGAAGCGACACCUGGUGGACGCUGGUGAACGCUGGCUGUUGAGUUACGGCGUUCACUGUCUCUGUAAUUGUGUCCCUGAUGAAUCAGCCAAUAUUUCUAAAAGACAGGGUGGCGGGGAAAGACUUUAUUGUGAAGAGAGCGCAUGGGCCCUCAAAAGGGCCCUACAGACUAAACGACGCCCUCAGUCCGGGACGUCAUUGCACGACACUGCUGCUUUUGCUGUCGCAAUGAGGAAGUGCCGAGGCUGGAUCAGCUAACCAGCGUCAACUCCUAGUCCUCUCGAAUAGGAUUUCGAGGAGGGGAUCGAUGGCUGCAUUCAGCUGGCGGGCAAUGGUAAAGGCAAAGGCGUCGUGUAAUGGUUACAUAACAAAGACAAAAUUCCUUAUAUAAGCCUUACUAUAACAAAGCUGUAACAACUUUUCAAUGCUGCUGCGCUGUCUUCGGCCAUUUCAGUUCUAGUGCCACGCGUGUCCGACUUGAAAGUGUUCGCUACUUUCGCGUGACUUUGGUAAUGUCCCGCUGGAUGUGCACUGUGUGUUAGUGUGUGUGCUUUUUUCUUCUGCAUCACGCGACGUAAACCGACUGUAGAGGGCGCGUUGUUUGCAUUGCGCGAUACGACAAGGUGAAAGAGACGACGGGCUGUCCGGGCGGUGCGCUGCAAUACAGAGGAGCCCAAUGCUAGUCGAACGCUGACUUGUUGUCUUCUGGAGCUUUAAUUAAGAAUGAAGAUACAAAAUAAAGCAAUAUCGAAGGUUGUUUCUUAUACACCGGA